UUAAAAUAAUUUUAAAAAUUAAUUUUAAUCAUCUAUAAAUGUAUACAUAUAAUACCGGUUUACAAACUGACCUGUUCAAGAUUUAUUUCCACCCACACUGCACAGUACCAUGAGGAUUAAAUUAUAAACAGGACUAAAUUAAUAUAAUUUAAGUCCCAUUACAAACAUUUUAAUUAUAUAUCACCAGUUUAAAAAACACUCACAUACAAUAUCUAAAAUGAAAGUCUGUUGAUAAUCCCUUAUCUAAUGGUUGUGAUUACAAUUCACAUUACAGUACCGUGCGAUUAUUAUUACCCUUCCCCCUAUUGGGUAAAAACGACAACUAGGAUUUACAUAUUACUCUUCCUUCAGUAUUAUUUAUUCUAUAUUUUUCAACAUUCUUAAAUGCUCAGAAAAAGAUUUGAAAAAGAUUGGGAACUGCUAAACUACAAUCUGUUGAAGGUGUACAUCUUGACAUUCAAGGAAUAUCACCUUACAGUGGAGAUACUUUUCAUGAAUCACCUUUAGCACUGAUGCUUUACAAAUUGAUGAUACAAUACAUUGGUGAAUAUGUUCCACUAUUAUUUGUGAUUAGUGAUGUAAUAACAACUGUAUUUUUAAUGUUAGGAAGCAAAAAGUAUCUUCUUCAUUUGGUAAAGUCUGAAGGUGGGAAAAAUAAUCAGUAUCCAGCAAGUGUUUCUUCAUUAUUAGUAUCUGCAGGGAAAAUGCACAAAAUUCCAUAUUAUGUUGCUGUUGUAUAUCUGAUUUCUCCGUACACUGUGGCAGCUUCCGUCGGAAAAUCUACGACGGUGUUUGUCAAUUUGUUAAUAUCUGCUGUGUUUUAUUUCACUAGCGCCGGUAAAUUGUACUUGGCGACCAUAGUUCUUGCAGUUGCAUCAUAUCAUUCUUUUUAUCCAGUGAUGCUGAUUGUUCCGAUGUCAAUGUAUAUAGUUCAGAUGAAAUACAGUGGAAAUAAUUACAAGAAUAAGAAGGCAGCCAGAAUUUUUAUACAAACAAUAGUAAUAUUUACUAUGUCAAUAGCUAUUUUAAUCAUUGUAUCUUAUAAAAUAAUGGGAUCCUGGAGAUUUCUUUGGUCAACCUAUGGGUGCAUAUUAUCUGUACCAGAUUUAACACCAAAUAUUGGAUUGUUUUGGUAUUUCUUUACAGAAAUGUUUGAACAUUUUCGUAUAUUUUUUCUUUGGACGUUUCAAAUAAAUGCUUUCAUUUAUACUUUGCCACUUGCUAUUAGAUUGAAAAAGGAACCAAUGUUGCUGUUCUACAUAUUGCUGACUCUGAUGGCUGUAUUCAAAUCGUAUCCCAGCAUAAGUGAUGUAGGUCUGUACUUGGCCAUAAUGCCUAUCUGGACUCAUUUAUUUUUACACACACGACAGAGUUUUCUGGUGGGCUGCAUCCUCUUCAGUUGUUCUGUUUUGGCUCCAGUUCUCUGGUAUCUGUGGAUAUAUGCAGGAAGUGCUAAUGCCAAUUUUUACUUUGGCAUAUCUCUAGCCUUCAACACUGGACAGAUAUUCCUGGUGACGGACCUUCUGUUUGGCUACAUCAAGCGAGAGUAUUACCUGUCCCGCGGCAUGAAGACUGACCAACGGGGAAAACCCGUCCAGCUGGAGCUUCGAUAGCGUCUUUCACUCUUCCCGCGAUAAACCUUCGGA